UUUUAGCACCUCAAAAGUGUUGAGAGUCGUUCGUACGCAAAAACGACGUCGUUUUCAUUCAAACACUCACUCUCUCGUUCUUCCAGUAGUUAGCAAUUCCGACCGUUCUUCAUCAGAUUCCCACAUUACUAUCCAGGAAGAAGGAGAGAAGUAAGUAUUGGAUUGGAGAAUGAGCAGCUCUGAAGCAUUGCAAGCUGCCAAGGUGUAUAGGGAGCUUCUCAAAGCUGUCAAGAAGCACAUUCCCAAGGAGGAUGGCAAGAAGCGUUUCAAAGAAUAUGUAACCAAUGAGUUCCGAAACAACUCCACGCUUUCGGACCCUUCAUCUGUCCACCAGAAAAUCAAGCUCGCUCAUGACUACACCCUUCUACUUAAUAGCGUCCACCAUCACAAGGACCUACUGUUCUCUUACAACAUUGCUGUGGAUAGAUCAGAAGAAAUGAAAAGAGUAUUGGGAAAAUCUGCAGCAAGCGUUGGUCUUCAGCUUCCUGACGUCUAUCAGCCGUGAUGCUCUGGUUCUUAUGUUAUUUUUCAAUUUUCAUACCAUUCAUCUUUAAUAAUUUCUUUGAGAAUAGUUGCUUUUGUUGUAGUAUGAUUACUUGGUUGUUGCAUAUUUCGAUUCACUUUGAACUCAUCUGCUCCCAACCAAGUCGAUCUGAGAUUUUAUACAUUGUUUUCUACCCUUGAAACAGAGAAGCUCAGUUGUGUUGUUUGUGCUGGCUGGUGAAUAAUGAACAAAUUUAUAACUUUGAUGUUAAAAAUAAGGACAGAGAGAGUUUCACGAACUCACUUUUCUUGAUGUAAUCAUAUAAAUGACUUUGUGGUUCUUGAAGGGCAUUUUGAAAGAAACUAUCCACAUUAUGAUGUUUAA